AUGGAUGACUUUAAUCCCAGUAUUCGAGCCUCCGCGCUGGAGAAGCUCGCCAAAUUAGCUGUCAACGCACCAGAAGACAGUGACAAUACCGAGAUCAACCAACUUACUCGACAGUGUCAACAUUUGACAAAUCGAUUGAAUGGUAUGCUCAAUGGCGUAUUGCACAGUCAAUCACCGGUGUCCCAGGUACCUAUGGACAUUCGAGAGUUAUGUGUCUUAGUAUCUUUGUGCAAAGCUGCGCCUUCGGUCACUAAAGAGGAGCAUGCGUCCCAAUUGGUGUCUCAGUUAUCUCAGUACCUCCCGGAGUCCCAUGGCCAGGUUUUCCGUCCAUCGCCAUUCCUACACGACGUUGAGCCGUCACCAUGGGAAGCACUUUCUUACAAUCUUACAUUUGCGCUCCUUCAUCUGGGAUCCGAGUAUCCGUCGCUACGCGAGGCUGUCCUUGGUUCUGUCGACGAAUAUCUAUAUAACUGUGCGGAGGCAUUCAAUGUUCUGGUAUCUGCUCCGCCAUCUCAUUCGAGGGAGAAUGCAAUUAAUUAUGCCCACGAGUCUGUCAACAUACUGGCUAUUUGUGUUUCGAUUGUUGGCUUUCUAAAGGCCGCAGCCAAAUUCACUGCAUUUUGGUCUGCCACCGAGAAGUUGCGGAUGGUCGACCACUUGCGAUUAAUGUUCUCAGAGAACUGUAUGGUGGCUAUUGAGACAGCUUCAUCUACGGUACGCAGCGCAGGCGUUUUAGACAGAGCACUUCGGGAUUGGAGGAGAUAUACUCGCCGCUAUACUGCCGACGGCCGCCCGCUAGGAGCAAUGCUUCUGCAGGAAGGCUACAUGCGAUUCAUUAAAUCCUGCGUCACAUCUCUCUUUGGCGCGCAGAACAUGUCAGAUGAUGAACUAUUGGAUGACUAUGUGGAUGGAGUGGGAAUUGCAAGGAGCCACGAUGAGGCUGAAAUAUCCCUUAUCAAUCGCUUAACCGCCAUUAUCGGUGAUGAAAUCCAACUCUUGGAGGAUGGCUCCGACUAUUUGCAAGUUGGCUCACCCUGGCAACAGCGACUUGCUUUUUCUGUGAAGGCCAUGGCCUUGAUGGGGUAUCUGAACUGUACCAUCAUAAACAAGGAUACAGCAAAUAGCGACGACUUUUUGUCAUGGCUAGAAGAUACCCUUAUAGACCCGAAUCAAAUGUCAUGCACCGAACUUGCGACCACCACUUUGAAGUGCAUAACAAUUAUCUCCCGAGCGUCUAUCAACAGCGCGUCCUCUGGAAGUCGCUCACUUCUACGAUACAUUGUCGAAGGCGGUAUACAUGUUGGAGUCAUAGGAUCCGUUGCUGCCCAGUGUCUUUCUCGAGUUCUCGGUGUUCUCUCUCAGGACUCACUCAUAACCACCCUUUAUUCGCUAGGAAAUGUUCUGAGUCCAGGGUCUGGUAGCGACAAGCCAUAUCCAGGUCAGGUGAAUGGGGAACCUGCAGGACUCACUCUCACCCAAUUCCAACCAACCAAAAACGGAAGCAUAGCCUCCCUUUCAGCGAGCGAGACAGAAGACAAUACACCAUACUGGAGCAUUGUUCACGCUAUUAUAACAAUUGCAACCAGUUGUCACGAUGAACAGAUCAGUGCCCUGGCACAGUCGAUGCUUCUACAAAAAAUUGGCAAAUUGAACACCACAGUUGACUCCUGUAUCAUCAAGGAAACAGCAGCGCUCUCUAUAACUACAGGGCAAGCUGAAUUCCAACUCCUUUUGAAAUUCUACGACCGUGUUUUUCACGAUGGCAUUGCCAAGGGAUAUGAAAAUGUCGUAAGCGCAGUUUCAAGCGCAAUGACGUACCUUUCGCUUUCGCUAGAAAAAAGCUCUCCACUUUACAGAGUUUAUCUUGUCCAUUUGUUGGAAAGCAUAGUGAACAAAGGCGAUGCAACAAACCUUGAGCAUGAGAGACACAAAGAUAUAACCCUUGCGCCUGAAGAUAUCAGUCCGCUCCUGAAGCCGUUAGCAUUGCUAGUAUCUUCCCAAACGGAGCUUGAGCAGCGUUUAGAGCAUUAUGACCAGGAUGUAUCUACUUUGUUCCGCGACGCGUGGUUCAAUAUCGCCGUCCAUGGGAUAUCGCUCAACUCAGCUGUUGGACGAAAUCAUUACGAAGAGUUACGUUUGCUCGCAAAACAUUCUCCUACUCUUGUGCCUGAAGACCGUAUGGAUAUGAUUGAAAGCGACGUGGAGCUUAACACUGUCCUCAGGCGUGGCAUGGGGCCACAACGACUCGUCGCGCAAAAGAAAGGGUUGGUCAAUGAAUUACCCCAUCGGGAACCCGAUAUAAAGCGUUUAAACUACCCCAAGGCAGUGUUUCUGAACGCUGCUUUGUUACUUGAGAAUUUGCGUGCAUUCUCGGGAUCCUGUACGAAGCCGCUAGGCUAUUUCCGGGAUCCUGCGCUUGCUACUACUGAGAUGGCUAGCUGCAUGACAGCCAUUGCAGAUAAGGCUGUUGGCUGUUACCUUAAGUUGACACUCUCUGGGAGAUAUGAAGAUUUCUCUGUUUCAUUUCUGUCGAAAGAAUUGGCAGGUUUCUUCGCAGCCUGCUGUCAUCGAAUAGAAAGGAUUCAAACUGUGGCUAUCAUGUGCGCAAACAAAAUUAUACAGGAGUGCCCAUCAGCUUUAUGUGAGAAGCAUUCCUUAUUUGCAAUGCUCGAGCUCCUAACUGUCGUGUGGCGGUCUUGUCUUGAAGAAGAGCUUGACGAGUUCGAAUGGAGGCCCUCGUUCACAUCUCAUAUAGGACAUGUUAAGGUCGACCUUCCCGAUAAUUAUGGGUACAGAAGAAAGACAUUUGACGUAUUGCUUGAACGAGCAAGGGCAUGGAUAACGACAGUCAUGGACAUUGCGCCUCUUGAUAUAAAGGGCCUCCUCCAGAGUUAUCUAUCCGCGUCUGAUGAUAACGAUGGAUAUGGCGAUGUCUCAAUGGGCCGUUCAUUUGCACUUGAAAUGGGAUCGCUUAUACCGCAAACCGACCACCGACUCGGCUCGAUCGAAAGCCAUGGAUUGAUGAAGGUCAAUGUUGCUUCGAAUUUCAUUGCUCAACACACAGCCCGUCAGAAAUAUCGUCGUCCUGGUAGACUCCACCCUAGAAAUCCAGAGUUUUCUAACUUUGAAGACGGUGGGUCGGGCUACGAUUCUAUUGCUGUCUCAUCAUCCUCACCCGAGUCAAGUAAGGGCAUGGAAAAGAUACUAUUCAACAUUUACAACGCAAUCAAAUCAGGGAACCUUGUUACUCUUCCUGAAGUAAGAGAUGCAUUGCAGCGUGCUGCUACACUAUUGUGUAGCAGCAACCUUGUCCACGCUACCAUUGCCCAUUACCUCGUUUCACUGCCAUUCCAGAUAUUUUCUAAAGAGUCCAUUAACAUUGGUGUCUCGCUCUGGCUGGGCGUGAUCGACGAGAAUCCUAGACUGGAACCAACGCUUCUAUUCGCGAUGGUUCGGGAAUGGGAGAUGACUGCCUUACGAAGACAGGGACUGUUUGACCCGUCAUUCAACCAUGUCGACCCAAUGUAUGCCAAAAUUGAACUCUUGCCAACAAACAAGGAUUCGAUGCUUCAACAACAGAAGGUGGCACAGAAUAUACUUGCGCCACAUUUACAGGUCAUCCAGUUCUUUGAGAGCCAUUUUAAUGCUAUUCGACUGGGAAAUACUCAGACUCAGCGUGUGUUUUGUCGUUUCAUCGACCGUACGUCAGUGGGUCUUUUGCACGCCAGUAAUCAUCCUCUGGCCCGGGAGCUGCAUUUCCGCAUAGUUUCCUUCUGUCUCAGGGUUCUCAGGCAUUGUACCUCCCUUGACAAUGUGACAUUAUGGAAGCUCAAACAUCAAACUCUGUCCUCUGCUCUUAGCUGGUUUAGCCACCCGCCUAAAUGGUCAUUUGGUGGCAAUCGAUUGCAGCUAAAAGCUGAAGAUAAGACUCUGAGCGAUGUUAUAACUGCUUUAGCAAAAGCGUCUUCUGUUGGCUGCAACACUCGAUGGCCAUAUACAUCGUUACAGGCGAAACACGAUCUUCUCCAGGUACUUAUAGAAAACGAAAGAUCGCGACUCAAGGUCUGGUUGUUUCCGUUAGAGCCUGAUCGGAAGCAUAACGUAACCCAAUCUCCUCUCAGCAAACAUCUUACGGAGGAGAAUAUGCUGCGGAUUGCCUGGGCUGAGAGUCCGGGACUGGCUAUCCAGCUUGCGACACGGUUCUCAUCUGGAAAGCUCAGCAAUGACGUUCGAAAGCUGCUCCUUAGCUUUCCGGAAAAGGCCAUUGAUGAGCCUCGUAGUCUUGAGAUCAUGUUCGAAUCAGCGUUACCAGCCGAUGUUUCCUCUCAACUCAAAUACUUGCUAUACUGGGCCCCCGUCAACCCAAUCGAAGGCUUAACCUAUUUCUUGCCUGCGUAUGGCAACCACCCCUUCAUCUUGCAAUAUGCGAUGAAGGCAUUGGAAAGUCAUUCUCUUGAUGUUAGAUUUUAUUUCGUGCCACAACUGGUACAAGCUCUUCGCUAUGAUGCUCUAGGCUAUGUCGAGCGGUAUAUACUGGAGACUGCAAAACAGUCUCAACUGUUUGCGCAUCAAGUGAUAUGGAAUAUGAAGGCCAAUUCCUACAAAGAUGAGGAUUCUCAAGUUCCGGAUCCGCUCAAGCCGACCUUGGAUAGGUUUAUGGACGCCUUGGUUACCAGUUUCACCGAUGAUGAACGCAAUUUUUACCAAAGAGAGUUCUCUUUCUUCAACGAAAUUACGGGUGUCUCCGGUAAACUCCGCCCUUACAUCAAGAAAAGCAAACAAGAAAAGAAAGAAAAAAUUGAGGAAGAGCUCCGCAAGAUCAACGUUGAAGUCGGCGUUUAUCUCCCUAGUAACCCCGACGGUGUCGUGGUGGGUAUCGAUCGCAAGUCGGGGAAGCCUCUGCAAAGCCACGCAAAGGCACCUUAUUUGGCAACUUUCAGGAUUCAGAAGACCCGCACACGAUGGGACGAAGACGCCACCAAGGCCUUAGCAGCGGCUGCAUCCAACCCAAACAAAUUGGUCAAGUCCUCGCAAAAUCACCAGUCGGACUCGCAUCAGGAGACUUAUGAGGUCUGGCAGUCGGCUAUUUUCAAAGUUGGAGAUGACUGCCGUCAAGAUAUGCUCGCCUUGCAGAUGAUUGCGGCCUUCCGAGGUAUUUUUUCCAGUAUCGGACUUGACGUUUGGGUGUUCCCGUAUCGAGUGACCUCUACAGCACCGGGGUGUGGGGUCAUUGAUGUCCUGCCAAAUUCAAUAUCUCGGGAUAUGCUCGGUCGUGAAGCCGUCAAUGGGUUAUAUGACUAUUUCGUUUCCAAGUACGGCGGCGAGGAUUCAAUCCAGUUCCAGGAAGCGCGAACAAACUUUGUCAAAAGCAUGGCAGCCUAUUCUGUCAUUUCUUAUCUGAUGCAAUUCAAGGAUCGGCACAACGGCAACAUCAUGUUCGAUGAUGCCGGCCAUAUUAUUCAUAUCGAUUUUGGUUUCUGCUUCGACAUCGCACCCGGUGGAGUACGCUUCGAGCGCGCGCCGUUUAAGCUUACAUCAGAAAUGGUGGCCGUGAUGAGUGGCACUCCACAAUCCCACGCCGGCGGUCACAGUGGCUCUGGCGGCGGGCGUCUACCAGGAGCGUCUCAUAAUCCUACACAGACUCAAGCAUACCGAUGGUUUGAGUCUCUGGUCGUCAAAGCAUUCCUAGCGUCUCGGCCGUAUAGCGCCAAACUGUCGCACAUCGUGGCAUUGAUGCUGGACAGCGGUCUGCCCUGCUUCAAGCCUGAAACGCUGAAGCACUUCCGCGAUCGAUUUGUGCUUGACAAGAGUGAGAGAGAAGCGGCGGAGUUUAUGCGCGAGCUGGUGCGCAAGUCCUAUUUGAGUGUGUCUACAAAAGGAUAUGACCAGUUCCAGCUCCUGACAAACGGCAUUCCGUACUAG